GGGUGCAUCUUUUUCAACGAAAAACAAUAAAGAUUGCAGCUUUUUGCAUUCUUUUUCUGAAACAACAAAACAAAAAACGAAAUCGGAUUUGAAUUCAGAUUCUCAAUUGGCUGGAAUUUUAGGUGGAUGCAUUGUGGUUUUCGACAAAGCAAUGAGUCGUGCAUCCGAUCAUCAACGACCUGGUUCAGGUAAAAGAAGAUUAAAAGAUUUAAUGCUCCAAAGUGAUAAUCGUUUUUGUGCUGAUUGUGGUGCUCCGGAUCCUAAAUGGGCGUCUGCAAAUAUUGGAGUUUUUAUAUGCGUAAAAUGCUGUGGUGUGCAUAGAAGCCUUGGUACUCACAUCUCAAAGGUUUUAUCUUUGACAUUGGAUGAGUGGUCUGAGGAUGAAGUUGAUUCCAUGGUUGAAGUGGGAGGAAACUAUUCUGCUAAUUCAAUAUACGAGGCCUUUAUACCAGAAGGAAUUUCAAAGCCACAUCCAGAUGCUGCUCAUGACGAGCGGAUGAGAUUCAUCAGGUCUAAGUAUGAGCUCCAAGAAUUUUUGAAGCCCAGUUUGCGGAUUACGUCAGGGAAGUCUACUAUGUCUGUCCAAUCAAGCUUUUCUAGGAAGAUUUUGGAUAGUUUUCGAAUUUCAAGUACACCGCAGAAAUCGGAGGAAGGCAUGGUGGAAUUUAUUGGAUUGUUGAAGGUCAAAGUUAAAAAGGGUACAAAUUUAGCUAUUAGAGAUAUGAUGUCAAGUGAUCCUUAUGUGGUCCUCACUCUUGGGAAGCAAACAGUUCAGACAAGUGUAGUAAAAAGCAAUCUUAAUCCAGUUUGGAACGAGGAACGUAUGCUGUCCGUUCCUCAUGAUUUUGGGCCUGUAAAGUUGCAAGUAUAUGACUACGACACAUUUUCAGCAGACGACAUAAUGGGAGAAGCAGAGAUAGAUAUCCAGCCGUUGAUAACGUCAGCAAUGGCAUUUGGGAACCCAGAAAUGUUUGGAAAUAUGCAAAUAGGAAAAUGGCUGAAAUCACAUGACAAUGCACUUCUAGAUGAUAGCAUAAUUAACAUUGUUGAUGGCAAGGUAAAACAAGAGAUCUCACUCAAGCUCCAGAAUGUAGAAUCUGGUGACCUACAGUUAGAUUUAGAGUGGAUUGCUCUUAAUCAAUAGCUACAUAUUAUUGCUGUUUAUACCCACCUAUUUUAAUAACAAAGCCUCUGUAAUUUUAUUGAAUUAGUUGACUAUCCCGGCGGACCGGCGAUGUUUACUUUCUUUGAGUUGUAUUAUUCAUUCAUUCUUUCGUUUUA